AUGCACACAAACCCCGCUUGCUUGGCCUUGUUCCCCCUCCCUGGCAUUGACUAUCCCAUAGAGCACUCAACUUCGCCCGCCCAAGAGGGCAGCGAGGCCAACAACACCAUUGUCCUACCGACUUUCAAUCUUAUCAUACCCAGUCGUCCAAAUAGUCCCCUGCAACUCGAUGCCUCCUAUCUGGAGUCUGCGGGCUUGCUCGACGAGUCUUGCACCCAGGAGCAGAGCCACUGCGGCUUGGACUGGCAGUCCGAUCCCAGCUUCCAGGACCACGAGCCUCCCCUAGGAAACCCCCAACCUAUCUGGUGGCAAGAUUCCCCACCAGUGCUACGAAAACGUGAGUCUUUAGAACAGCAGCUGACCCGCGCUCUGUGCCAGCACGCGCACAAAGAGUCCAAGGGAUUUCUCCCCCUAGAUAAGCUGCACGAGCUAGUCGUCGAGGACUCGGUGGCAGAAGCCCUCACCACCUACAUUCCGGGCCUCUCCCUCGACGAUGCGAGAAGUCACGCCCAGGAAAUCUGCCCCAGAUCCAUGUGUGAUCCCCUGCAGCCGUCUUUCCGCCGGAUGUUUGCAAUCCUCGUUAUGAUUCAGCAGCCGCAGGGGAUCCUCACCUUUGUCAGACACAACAUUGCAGACCACGACUUGCCGCUCGUCAAAGCUCGGAGUAGCACGAAGGGGGUGCACGAGCUUCGGCGAAAGACACAGCCUCAUAAGGCGUUGGAGUGUCUGUGGGGGUGGUCGCCGUUUCUGGUGAAUUCUUUCGAGGAGUAUCAGUGGACGCUACUUUCGCCUUUCUUUUCGAGGGGGAAAGACUCGUCGAGAGAUGCGAGCAUUGAGGAUGAUGAGGAUUUUCAGGGGGGCAUGGGUCCAUCUCUAGGGUCAAGAUUCACCCGUCACAUUAUGACUUUCAUGAUAUCUCGUCUUAACCGUUAUAAGAAGACUAUCCUGCUCGGACUCUAG